AUGGAACAAAUUAUGAUUGAUAAAAGAAAUCCAUCUCUUCGGAAUCUUUCACCAAACUCAUCAACCUACAAAUCAGAAAAAGUAGCUAUAUCCGAUGGAGAAAAUCAUUCUCAAUGCGCAAAAGUCAAUGAAACAGGACAUAUUCAAGAAGUUGAUCGUAAUUUCUCUUUACUUUCUAUAUGCUCAGUUGGUCUUGUUACUGGAAAUACAUGGGCUGCUUUAGGUGGUAGUAUUGCUACAGCUAUUUAUAAUGGAGGUCCACCGGGUGUUUUAUAUGAAUUUAUCGCUGUGUCAAUAUUUUAUUGGCUUGUUGCAGCUUCUUUAGCUGAAUUAGCUUCAUCAAUGCCAAGUAGUGCUGGAGUUUAUCAUUGGGCAUCAAUUACUCCUGGUCCAAAAUAUGGUAAAAUUUGUGGUUGGUUUGCUGGUUGGUGGAAUAUGUUUGCUUGGAUUUGUGGUGCAGCUACAAUGUCAUCUAUUGCUUCAAAUGUGGUAGUUGCAAUAUAUGGACUUUAUCAUCCGGAUUAUGUAGUAGCUAGAUGGCAUAUUUUCAUCGGUUACAUUAUCAUAACUUGGAUUGCUUGUUGCAUAGUAUUAUUCGCCAAUCGUGCUCUUCCAAUGAUUAAUAAUAUUGGACUUGCUUUUAUUUUGGGUGGUGUUUUUAUCACAAUUAUAAUUUGUGCUAUCAUGCCAUCUGGUACUGGUCAUGCUACUCAUUCUUUUAUUUGGGCAGAUUGGGUUAAUGAUACUGGUUAUUCCAGUAAUGGAUUUGUUUUUCUGGCAGGAAUGCUAAAUGGAGCUUAUGCUGUCGGUACACCUGAUUGUGUUUCUCAUUUGGCAGAAGAAAUUCCAAAUCCUGGGAAAAACAUACCUCUUGCAAUUGGUGCUCAAAUGAGUAUUGGUUUUAUUACUGCAUUUUUAUAUACGAUAACUAUUUUCUACGCAACUACCGAUCUCGAUUCUGUAUUGGCUGCACCAUUUUUCCCACUUACUCAAAUAUAUUUUCAAGCCACUGGUACCGUUGCCGGAACAACUGGUCUUCUUUUCGUUCUAUUCUUUCCAAUCUUUUGUACCCUCAUCGGAACAUAUAUAACUGCAGGAAGAUGUCUUUGGACUCUUGCUCGUGAUGAAGCAGUUCCUUUCUCCAAUCGGUUACACUUAAUUCAUCCACAUCACAAAAAUCCUCUCAACGCAACCAUCGCUUGUGGUAUUUGCAGUACUAUAUUAGGAGUUAUCUACGUCGGUUCAUCAACAGCAUUCAAUGCUUUCGUCGGUUCUUUCGUCGUUCUUCUUACUCUUUCUUAUUUAGCAUCAAUUCUUCCAUUUAUUUUCACAGGUCGUUUUAAUCAUUCAUCUCAUGAAUCAGGUCCUUAUAAUAAUAGAAUGAUUCCUGGUUGGUUUCGAAUGAAUAAUAUUGUAGGUUAUACUGUCAAUAUCAUUAGUUGUCUUUAUAUUAUUGUUUUUGUGGUUAUUUAUUGUUUUCCUUACACAAUUCCGUUCAAUGCUGCGAGUAUGAAUUAUUCAUGUCUUAUUGCGGGAGCUUUAUCUAUUGCAGCGGGGAUUUGGUGGUUAGUUAAAGGUGGAAGCUAUACAGGACCUCAAGCGGGGAUUUAUGGUUUACCUGAUGUGGAUUCUGAUGGGAGGAAUAAUUUGAAUGGUAUUUCUGUUGGGAACAAUGAUGAUCUAGAUAACGGACUUGGAAUUGGAUCGAAAUGA